UCAUCAUGUCGGGAACUAUCGGUGCCACUCGGGAAUCCACCUUGGGGAAGUGGGAAGUUCUCUUAUACCAGUUUAACUUUUAACAGUUUUAGUGUUUGAGCGGCCUUCGCGCCAGAUUGUUGUAUUACAAUACACAAGUCGCUCGAUUCUCAAACAUGUCACGCGUGUCUCUUUAUAGUGUUAUUGUUCGCGAGUGAAUAUUUGCGGUUUCGAAAAAGAAAAAAAGAAAAAUUUUAUAAUUGAUUUUUGUGGGAAAAUGAAAUGAAUAAAUAAUUUUUUUUAUUAAAUUAGUGGAGGAAAGUGUUUUGAGUGUAAAAACGAUAUAAUGGUAAAUGGAUGUGAAUCCGUCGACAUGGAGGAGAAUCGCGACGAUAUUGGUGAUCGACAGGGGGAUUUUUUGGCAAAUAGAUCUGAGGAAAUUCCCCCCUCGCAACCCCCUGUGACAACCACAAUCGGAACCAUUGCACUGCAAAGUGGUGACACUCGUCUCGUUAUUGCCCUUCUUCAAAGUGGUGAAUGGUUGCGACUAAAAGUUCUGGAAAUUCAGCCGGAACUAACGAAAUUAGGUUCUUCGCCUGAGGAGGCUACGGAACUUUCGAACGCACAUAACGAAGUUCUUUUACGUUUACAGACUAAACAAAGUCCCGUGGAAGAAUUACUACGACAAGCCGAUCGACUUAUUUCAACGCAAAAACCAAAGGCGGAAGUUUAUAAAGCUAUGGCUGAUACACUUGCAAACGCAUGGAGGGAUGUCAAUUCACUUUUGGAACGACGGAAAAUUAUUCUCGAACGAAAUGUUCUUUUUCAAUGUCGGGCUGACGAGUGCAAGGAGAGUAUGAAAAAUUUAGAGAUGGCUUGCAACGAUACACUAUUGCCAAUUGAAAUUGAAGCUGUGAAAAAUUUCCUGAGUAAAAUUCAUGAUUUACGAAAAAUGAUGCUCGAAACACUGAUGGGUGCAUUGCAGGAGGGGAAAAUAUUGCUCGAUCGAUUGAAAGAGAUUUCAAAUGAAGGUACUCUCGAUUCCCGACCUGAUAGAAUUAAACACGAUGCCGAUCAUGCCAUCCAACAAGUUGAAACAUGGCUCGAGGAGCUCCACGAUAGAAGACGAUUAAUUGAAAUUUCAUUCAAAAGUCGAAAAACUCAACUCGAACAGUGUCUUGCGUUAGCUCUACUCGCCACUGAUCUCAGAAAUCUCGAAGAUAUUCUCAAUGACAGAAUAUCAGCUCUAUCGAGUACCAGUGAUCAUUUAGGUGAUUCUUCAGCGAGCGCUGAAUUAUUGCUCUUCGAGUGCAAAAAAUUACAAAUUGAAGCAAAG